UCAGGGAGAUACGCAUCCAUUCCACACACUGAGAGGAAGGAGAGAGCGCGAGCCGCCUGUACCAAGCGCGAGACAGCCGCCUUAUCUGGAGCGCACGCGGGCACCUGCCGAACCCCCAGUGCACUGCGCGUCUCGUGCCAGUCAGAAGGAGCGGGAGCCGCCUGGAGACGGGGUGCGGGAUACACCGGGAGCCGCCUGGAGACGGGGUGCGGGAUACACCGGGAGCCGCUCGGACCUCAGGGAGGUGUCCUCGGGAUGGCGCUGGCAUCUCUCCCUCUGCUGCUGCUGUUGGUGUACUGCGGUUCAUCCAGAGCUUUGGAAUUGGUUCCCUCUGACCAGAAAAUUCUUGAGAAGUCUGAAGGUGACAAGGUUACUUUGGAAUGCAAAUAUAAUGUGGGACCCAUGGAUAUCGGGACACUGGAUAUUGACUGGGACUUGGUGUCGGCAGACACACAGAAACCAGAUCAGUCGAUAAUCAUGUUCAGUGGCGGGGUUACGUAUGUAAAUUCCGAAGAACUAAAAAACAGGGUCCACUUCAGCUCCCCUGACCCCUCAGAUGGCGACGCGUCAAUAGAAAUCGUUAAUUUAAAAAGCACCGAUACCGGUUCAUAUCAAUGCAAGGUGAAGAAGGUGCCGGGGAUGAAAAGCAGGAAAAUAGCUCUCUCUGUGUAUCUUAAGCCAGCAAAACCGCGAUGCUUUAUUGAAGGAUCACAACAGAUUGGGAAGGACCUGAGCUUGAAAUGCGAAUCCAAAGAAGGAACUCCUCCUGUAACAUAUCAAUGGUUCAAGCUCACCGGCCAGCAGCCGCGGCCCCCGGGGCUCAACUGGGAUCCAGCCAGCGGAACUCUUCCUGUGAAAAAUGCUUCUCAGUAUCACAGCGGCACGUACAGGUGUUUAGCUAAUAACAGAGUUGGCUCCGAGGAGUGCAUGCUCAUACUUAAUGUUGUUCCUCCUUCAAAUGUAGCCGGAGUGGUUGCGGGUGCCAUAAUAGGGACAUUAUUAAGUCUUGGACUUGUUGGGCUCCUGGUGUUUUUUUGCUGCAAGAAACAAAGAGAGAAAAAGUAUGAGAAAGAAGUACAGCAUGAAAUCAGAGAGGAUGUCGCUCCUCCAAAAAGCCGCAACUCGACUGCUCGAAGUUACAUUGGGAGCAAUCAUUCCUCUCUAGGAUCUCUCUCCCCCUCGAACAUUGAUGGUUAUUCCAAGGCUCGAUACAAUCAAGUACCAAGCGAAGAGCAUGAACGCCCCCAAAGCCAAACCCCAAACUUCGUGCCACCCAAGGUAGCUGGUCCAAAUCUAAGUAGAAUGGGAGCCAUUCCUGUGAUGGUUCCUGCACAGAGCAAGGAUGGUUCGAUUGUAUAAAUUUACUCAAAAGGUCACUGGUGGUUGUGCAUGGAGUUUGUACAACUUUGUAGUGAUAUUUUCCCCUAAAAGGAUGUGUUUAAUACUAAAUCGCUUCUUCAUGGUACUUGAUACAAACAUACAUAUAUAUAUAUAUGAUCUACACACCAGAUGCACAUGUUUUUUUCCUAUUUAUGUUUGUUUGAGACAAGUAGAAAACACCUUUCAUUUUUAGCUAUAUUAAGCAUAUCUUUUGUGCUCCUAACAUUUCAAAAAUCAUUCAAAUAUUUCAUUUCAAGCGAAUGGACUUUUGUUGAGGUUGUUAUGUCAUCAAGGUGAUGUGUCCCAUAUUUCAAGUAACUCUACAAUGCCGGUUAAGUAUUGAAUUAUCACGGAGAGUUGGGUAUAAACUUGUACAUAAGUUUGGGUCUAGUAGGGAAUCUGAAUCCCGGGCGUUUGCGCUGGAGCCUUGCAUGCGGUUGGAUAAAUGCAUGUGCAGAACAGGGGGGCUCUUUCAGUGCGGGGUGCGUACUUUGUUUGUAUUUAUGUUUCUCCAAAUGGAAAGGAUGGGUCAAGUUGAAUUAUAAGGCAUGGCAAUUAAAUGGGAAUAGAUGGCUUC